AAAUGAAUUCAAAAAUGCUGGAUUUUGAGACCUUUCUCCCAAUGUUACAACAUAUUGCACGAUCCAAGGACCAAGGGACUUUUGAGGACUUUGUGGAAGGACUGCGUGUCUUUGACAAGGAAGGAAACGGCACUGUCAUGGGAGCUGAACUGCGUCAUGUCCUUGCAACUUUAGGUGAGAAGAUGACAGAGAACGAAGUUGAACAAUUGAUGGCUGGUCAAGAAGAUGCCAAUGGCUGCAUCAACUAUGAAGCUUUUGUCAAGCAUAUCAUGUCUGGCUGA